CCCUAUUACCGAAAUGGCAUCUCUGAACAUCCUGAUUGUUGGCUGCGGCAUCGCAGGCCCCACACUGGCGUCCUUCCUUCUGCUGGCUGACAUCCCCGCUGCCCAGAAGCCUCGAAUAACCAUUCUAGAGCGGGAGUCUACCCGUAACGCUCAUUUGCGCGGCCAAAAUAUUGAUAUUCGCGGUGCGGGUGUGACGAUCAUCCGCAAGCUCGGACUGGAGGCCCAAAUCAGGGCUUCCACGACCGGGGAAGAGGGCGUCCGGAUGGUAGAUGAGCGUAAUCACAUCUGGACGGAGAAUCCAGCAGAUAGAACCGGUACGAUACAAACAGGAACGAGUGACAUUGAAAUACUCAGAGGUAAGCUGGCUGAGUUAUGCUGGAAGAACAGCCAGCGAAUUAGCGCCGCAGCCGAACGCGACGGCGCCGCUGGGAUCGAGUAUAUUUUUGGUGAUUAUCUCGACGAUAUCCAGCAGCAAGGAAACCAGGUGCAUGUGCGCUUUGCCAAGAGCAAGGAGACAAAAAGCUUCGACCUCUUGGUGGGAGCUGAUGGCAUGCAGAGUCGGACACGGAAGAUGGUCUGGGGCGAAGAAGGGGAACAGGAGCGACUGAAGCGGUUGGGAAUGUUUGCCGGCUUCUUCAGCAUCCCACGAGAGGAACACGACGACAACUGGAGGCGGUGGUUUCAUGCACCCGGCCGACGUGGCAUUAUGUUGCGACCAGACGGUCUCGGUGUGAGGUCCACAGUUCUCAUGUAUGUGGUCAAUGACAAGGAUCCAAGAUUCGUCGAAGUCGCGACGAAUGGAAAUGGCGGCAUCCAGGCACAAAAGGCACUCUUGGAAGAAUAUUUCGAGGGCGCCGGGUGGGAGUGCGAGAGAAUCAUUCGGGAGAUGAAGGCAACAGACGAUUUCUACUACGACGCGGUGUCACAGGUGAAGAUGGACAGCUGGAGUAAAGGAAGGGUGGUGCUUCUUGGAGACGCUGGGUAUUGUGCAUCGCCCAUCUCGGGUCUUGGCACAACGUUGGCUUUUAGCGCAGCCUACAAGCUGGCAGGUUACCUCCAGCCUUACAUCAAGGGAGAGAGCACGGACAUUACAGAAGCCCUGGCACUAUACAAUAAGGAAAUGCGGCCUAUCAUUGAGGAUGCGCAACAACUAGCACCCGGCAUGCCACAUCUCAUAAACCCUGAAACCGCUUGGGGCAUCUGGACGAUGAGAAGUCUUAUCUUGGCACUAUCCUAUACAAGGGCCUUCUUUUACAUCAUCAAGCUAUUUGGAAGGGUUCUUCAUCUGGGGCCUCAGGCAGCGGAUUAUGUCCCAGUUGAGGAAUUCGGCUUCAAGGAUAUGUCAGUGUGGGGGUUGCAGGAUACAGCUGAGUAG